AUGACCAAACGUUUCAUGAGUUUUCUUCUAUGUAUCAGUCUUACAAUUGCUUUUCUUUUUACUCCAAGUAGCAGUGCCUUCACCUUUGUAUGUGACCCUGCCAGGUUUGCCCAACUUCAAUUGAAAAUAACAAGCUUUGCAUUCUGUGAUUCAUCGCUUCCCUACCCAGUAAGGGCGAAGGAUUUGGUGGAUCAAAUGACACUAGCUGAGAAGGUGCAGCAGCUAGGAAAUAAAGCUGCAGGGGUACAAAGGUUGGGGCUCCCCCCGUAUGAGUGGUGGUCUGAGGCAUUACAUGGAGUCUCCAAUACGGGUCCCGGCGUACGUUUCGACAAUGUCGUUCCUGGUGCAACAAAUUUUCCCACUAUUAUCCUCACAGUAGCUACAUUCAAUGAGUCAUUAUGGAAAAAUAUUGCAGAGGUUAUUUCGACAGAAGCAAGAGCCAUGUACAAUAUGGAGCGAGCGGGAUUAACAUUUUGGAGUCCAACCAUUAAUGUAGUAAGGGAUCCUAGAUGGGGAAGAAUCACAGAGACACCUGGUGAAGAUCCUUUUGUUGUUGGUAGGUAUGCCGUAAACUUCGUCAGAGGUUUACAGGAUGUUGAAGGACACGAAAUCCAUAAGGAUUUGAAUGCCAGACCACUUAAAGUUUCUGCAUGUUGCAAGCACUAUAAUGCCUAUGAUAUUGACAGAUGGAGGGGAGUUGAUCGUUUCCAUUUUGAUGCAAGGGUGACUGAGCAAGAUAUGCUAGAGACCUUUACUCCACCGUUUGAAAUGUGUGUUAGAGAAGGUGAUGCUAGUAGUGUUAUGUGUUCUUAUAAUCGUGUUAACGGCGUACCUACUUGUGCUGACCCUAAACUUUUGAAUCAAACUAUUAGAGGAGAAUGGGAUCUUCAUGGAUACAUAGUUGCAGAUUGUGAUUCAAUAGAGGUAUUUGUGAAUAAACACAAAUUUCUUAAUGACACAAGUGAGGACGGUGUUGCCCGAACACUAAAAGCAGGUUUGGAUUUGGAUUGUGGUGUAACCUACCCCAAUGCUCUUAUAAAUGCAACGAAUCAAGGGAAGGUUAGGGAGACAGACAUAGACAGGGCAUUGAAAUAUCUCUAUGUUGUGUUAAUGAGGCUAGGCUACUUCGACGGAAGCCUUUUAUAUAAAUCUCUAGGAAAGGCAAAUGUGUGCACUCCUCAAAAUAUCGAAUUAGCAGCAGAGGCAGCAAGACAAGGAAUUGUUCUUUUGAAGAAUGACGAUCACACUUUGCCUUUAAACCCUGCUAAUGUCAAAACGUUAGCAGUCGUCGGACCGCAUGGCAAUGCUACAACUCCCAUGAGAGGAAACUACGCAGGUAUUCCAUGUCGGUACACCACUCCUUUGGAUGGCUUCUCUUCGUAUACAAAAGUUAAUUACUCAAUAGGGUGCGAAGAUGUUUUUUGUAAAGAGAAUAUCUUGAUACCUCCUGCCGUAGAAACCGCAAAAUCUGCAAGUGCCACCGUAAUUUUGGUUGGCUUGAAUUUGACUAUUGAGGCUGAGGAUUUGGAUAGAGAAACUCUCCUACUUCCUGGUUUCCAAACUCAACUUAUCAACGAUGUAACUCAAGCUGCCCAAGGUCCAGUUAUUCUUGUAAUCAUGUCAGCUGGCUGUGUCGAUAUCACAUUUGCAAAGAAUAAUCCAAAGAUCAAAUCUAUCUUGUGGGCUGGCUUUCCCGGAGAGGAAGGUGGUCGUGCUAUUGCAGAUACCGUCUUUGGGAGAAACAAUCCUGGUGGACGAUUACCUAUCACAUGGUACAAAGCUGAUUAUAUCGAUAAAAUUCCAAUGACAUCUAUGCCAUUAAGGCCUGUCGGCAACUUCCCAGGUCGAACAUAUAAGUUCUUCAAUGGCCCCGUGGUGUAUCCAUUUGGAUACGGUCUCAGCUACACCCAAUUCAAAUACAACCUAGCACCUUCAAAUAGGUCAGUCGGCAUAAAAUUGAAUAGAUUACACCAUUGUCGCCCGAUAAACUACAUGGGUGGUAUCCAACCGCCACCAUGCGCAUCAGUUCUAUUAGCUGACUUACCAUGUAAUGAAACUUUUGAGGUUGAAAUGGGAGUUCAAAAUGUUGGUAACAUGGAUGGCAGCGAGGUAGUUUUGGUUUACUCGAAGCCACCGAAAGGUAUUCCGGGAACUCAUAUGAAGCAAGUGAUCGGAUUCCAGAGGGUAUUUGUGACUAGAGGACAGAAUGUGAAUGUUAAAUUUGUGUUUAACGUUUGCAAGAGCUUAGGAAUCGUGGAUUACGCUGCAAAUCGUCUUCUAACAUCGGGAAGGCACACCAUUUUAGUUGGUGAUGCUGGAGUUGCAACUCCUGUUGAUGUCAACCUUUUCUAUUAG